AUGAGCAGUGGUCCUACUACGGUGGGUGUUUGCACAAAAGUUUUGGAGUUCCAUCCAUUCCUAAGUAGCUCCGCGUGUGAAACGACGAAUGAAAGUUGUGGUGUAUUGUCUUCCGACCAGGAACAUUUAGUUGGCGGGUGCUGUGUAUGUUCCGAUGAUCAGGGCUGGGCAGAAAAUCCUCUUGUUUAUUGUGAUGGAAAAUUUGACGAAAAAUUUUGUACAGUAGCCGUUCACCAAGCUUGUUAUGGAAUUGUUAGUGUUCCAGAAGAUUCGUGGUUUUGUGGUCGAUGUGAACUGAAAGACUUUCGAGCAUCUUGCCAGUUAUGCCCUUCUAAACAAGGCGCGAUGAAAAAAACAAACACUGGAGGUUGGGCGCAUGUUGUUUGCGCGCUAUAUAUACCAGAAGUUGAAUUUGAGAAUGUGGAGACUAUGGAACCGAUUAUAUUGACAAAAAUGCCUGUUGAACGCUAUAAAUUGACAUGUUAUAUAUGUGAGAAAAAUGGCACACUGAAAGAAAGCAUUGGUGCAUGCAUGACAUGUAGUAGUAAAGGAUGUAAAACUUCAUUUCAUGUUUCAUGUGCACAAACAGCUGGUUUAUUAUGCGAAGUUCAUGGACAAAAACCAAGAGAUAAUGUCAAAUACUGUGGUUACUGCGAAUUACAUCUUCCCACCAUGAUAAAAUCGAAAACUAUUCGUCAAAUUCCACCGUUUAAACAUGAUCAAUCAUCACCCGAAAAUGGCCGAUAUAAUAAACAAUUUUCAACAUCUAUCUGUGCAAAUAAAAAAAAAUUAUUUACAAAAACAACAAAAAAUAACAGCAUUCACUUACUAUCGGCAGCACCGUCGCUAACACCGAAGGACUCGGAAGAAUCUGAAAAUGUAUACAAGGAACAAACGUUAUUUGCAGCACAAUCUCCGACAUCAUUAAUAUUGCCAACAGCACCAAGUCUGGCUGAUUUUGUUGCUGCAUCGAGAAAAGACUCAGAUACAACGUGUGCAACGGAGUCAACUUACGAUUGUUCAGUUUAUAAUAGUGAUCAAUCGACAUGUCGUGGAAAUCACGAUGAUCAUUCGAAUCGCAUUCGCAAAGCCUCCACAAGUUCGUCAUCUUCAUGUUCGCCAGCCGAUCAAUCCACCAAGUCACCUAACUAUAAGCGACGACCUCAUUCUUCCUCAAGUUCAUCGAGUACUUCAUCAAAAAAGAAAAAAAAUAGUCAGGUUCGAUCAUUAACGGAUUUGUCGCAAUUUGUACAAUUGACAAAACAAGAACGAAACUCUCAGUUUCUUUCACCGCAACCACCACCGCCAUUAUCAUCGAAAAAAAUUGAUGAUGAUUUGGAUUCAAGUGAUAGAAGUGGAGAACUCUUAAUUAAUGAAGAUGUAUUAGACAAAGAUAGCGAAAAUAUGGUAGAACAACAAUCAAAAAAGUUGAAUGAAAAUUUGACUGUGCAAGAAAAAGAGCUGAAUGAGAAAGAAGAAAAACCACUAGCGGUACGACGAAUGGAUAAUACGAAAAAAAUCGAUGUCCAAAAACAUCGCCAAUUAAAUGAUGGCACAACACCAGUGACUCGAAUAACAGCAGCAUCAAAAAAAUAUUCUGGUGCAUCGCUUCCACAAGUAAAAGUUGAAAUGAUUGAAGAAGAAGAUAUGCAAAAACGACGAAAAAACAGCCGUUGUUGUUCAAAAGAGGAUAAUUCUAAAAUGCAGCAGCAACCAAGACAAAAACGUCAGUUAUCAAUAAGUUCAGAUAUUACUAAAAAUAAUCGAAAAUCUAAACGAAAGUACUCAACAAUAUCUGUGAAUAAACAACAGCAGCAUCCUCCACUGCUCAACGGUGAUGUACUACGGCGUGGUAGUAAAGAAAAACGAACUAAACUGAAUAUGAAUAAUCAUCAUAAUAUGAAACAUCAGAAAAUAAAUAAUAAUGUAAUCACAAUGAAUGAUAAUAAAACAAUGGAAAAUUACCAUGAUCCAAAUAGAUCAUCGAUUUAUUAUCAAUGUGAUCAUUUUGGAAAUCAUAUUAAUGCAGAUAGUAUAACUGAAAACGAACAGCGAGAACACAGUGAACAUUCACCGCCAUUCACCGAUUCUAUUCUUGGGUUGAACAAAAAUUUUCAUUGCUCUUCGUCAACGGAAACGUCAAAUGGACCGAUAAUGACGAAUAAAAAACAAAUUUCGCCCAAUCAUCCUGUGCCAAAAUUCUUUCCAAAACGCCCAUUACACGAUUUCGUUCUGCCAACAGCAACAUCUCACAUAAACACACAAAAACCAUCUCAAUCAUCAAAUUCAUCAUUCAUACCUCAGAGUCUAGAAGAAUUUCUUGAACACGAAUGGGAAAUGUCGAGUGAUUUUGUUUUACAGCAAACAAUUCCCUACGAUGUAUCGUCGUUAUUAUCAUGUUUAUAUCAAUUUCGUUCGGAAAACGCAUCAUUAAAUCAGAAAGUAGACGAACUAAAAGCUCGACGUGAUCUAUUGCGUUUACGGCAUUCAAAUCUAAAACGACGUUUAGUUGAAAUCUUUAAUCCUCCUCAAGCACAAGAAGCAGGAGAUAAAGUUCCGAUUGUUUCCACUACCACUGAACCAAUAAUAUCUCUUAAACGUCCAAAACUUGAAUUUGUUUCACCAAAAGAACAAGAUAAACGACUAAAUUCAGAUCAUGCUUUACAACAGCAGAUAUUACAACAAACCAUUGUACCAACUGUUUCAUCUACUCCUCCACGUCAUACAUCUCAAAAUACUAGUAAUAUUGUUGAUUUGUCUCGGUCAACUCCACAAGUAUCACGUCAUAGUCAAAAUCAUUCUCCAUGUGCACCAACAUCUUAUACUACUAUGAGAAAACCAUCUCAACAAACACAUUCUAUUCUUGAAAAUCAACUUCGUCAAAAUGUCAUGUUAAAUAAUAAAAAAUCAGCAAAAGCUCAUCAUACUUCUGAUCAACAACACAAAAUAAAUGCAGCUGCUGCUAGUUUGUUACAACUGAAUAAAGUUAUGAAUAAACAUCAGUCUCCUGCACGUUCAUCAUCCAGUUCUGUAAUAGCACCUCCAACAGCAGACAAUACGUCAUUGACACCGUCUAGAGAAAGACGAAUAAGUUCAUCGAGUUUAACUGUUACUUCAUCUACUCACCAACGUCAUCCACCACAUAUAAAUGGUAAUCAUUCAUCAUCAUCUUCAUCAAGUCCAUAUGAACAAGAUGUUUAUUUAUCAAAAAAUUCUUCUCAUACAAGUGGAACGAAUUUAGAUUAUUUACAAGCAAUUUUAGCCGCUGGCGGCGACGGAGGAAUACCACCGAAUUUCUUACUAGCACCUACAUGGAAUAUUCAUAAUUUUGGUUUUGCCAACUUUUCGAAUUCAUCAAUGAUGGAUGAUACUGUAUUGCGAAGUUUAUUCCCAAAUCCAAGUUUAAACGCUUUAGAAAACGUUCAACAACCACCACCAUCACAUCAUCAGAAACAAUAA